AGUCGCUUAUAUACAGGGGCAUAUAGCUGUAUAUACAAACAGGUAAGCCGGUAUUAUAGUUUAGUUACUUAUCCGUGAAUCGCCGUCGAGCGGAAUCAGUGGGGAAUCCGCUCCAUCUCAGGACGGUACACGGGUUGCGGUGGAUCGUGAACUGGACAGACGGUGGAACCUCCAGUCGUGUUGUUCGGUACGCAGAGGUUCGGUAGAAUCGGUGGGGGAGGACGACAAGAGGGACGAGAAAGAGCGAAGGAGAGAGAGAGAGGGAGAUUGAGGCAGGGAGGGAUAAGGGGUACAACCGAUCACCGUCAGUAGUCAACUACUAUGGUCAACUAGUCACCCUACGUCUCUCGAGCGUGUCGGAACCAAGUUCCACUUGAAAUCCUCCACGUCGUGUUCUCGCGGGUUUUUUCAUCUUCUUUUUAAUUCCGCGAACGGCAUUUGAUCAACGCUCGUUCUACAAAAGUUAUUAUCUUAAACUUUGAUUUAAAUACGAUUCGAGGAACCGUGGCAACACUUUUGUGCUUUAGGAAGAUCGGUGCUCGAGCGCCGAUCUUAGUGACACCGAUGACCGUCUCACUCGCGAAAAGAACGUUUCUCAUCGGCGAAGUGUGUUUUUAUUAUUGGAAUUUACUCGUGAGUUUUCGCUCUCGCGGAAUUUAAUCAGAAGAAGGAGGAGCCAUCGAUUGGUCGUACCGAAAGAUCGAACGAGCAAAAAUCUCCGCGUAACGUUACAACGCGAGCCGUCGACUGGAUCGAUUUGGCUAUUUACGACUCUUGGAUUCAUCAUUUUUUAAAUAAUUAUGCGUCAAGACAUUUUAAUCCGUUGGUUUAUGAAUGUUUAACGGAAAAUAAAGGUUGUUUGAACAGUGUUUAACUAUCAAUACGAUUGAAAAUAAUUGUGGAGGUGAUAUCGCCCCCAAGAAUAUUUCAGUAGUGGGAUAAUCGAUUUGGAUUUCUCAUAAUCGAUACGACGAGCGCCUCCGCCAAAUUUUGGCGACACUUUUCCGCCAACGGUAAAUUAAAAGCCCAAACAUAAUUUUGCGGCGCUUCGCGAUAAUUAUUUCGUUGUAAAGCGAUACACGUGAAAAAUAACAACAAUUAAACAUACGAAUAAAAUAAAACGACGGGCCUAGGCGCGAACACGCAUAAUACGUGUUUUAAGGCUCGGCAAAUGGUGAGUGGUGGUGCCGCGAGUGUCGCGAUCGCGCAGGAAAGCGACUAAACAUAGUCGGACACGGUGCAUGGACUCGCUGAGAUGCCGUGGCUGCUCGGACUGCGGACCUACGGUUAGCUAGGAGUGGCACAGAGUGCCAGUGGCUGACGUCAGAAUGCGCAUGUCGCUGCUGCUUAGAUUGUUGUUAGCGGCAGCGGGUGUGCUGCUGGCAGAGGCGAAAAUAAGCCUGAACGUAACCUCGGACAACAGCGUCGAUAAUCUGGGAAUGAAGGAACGGGAACGAGCCAUCGCCGGUGUCGAGGCGAGUCUACUCUCCCUACUGGGAUUCACGAGGAGACCCAAACCCCAGGGAGCGCCGGCUCACGUACCCGAAUCCUUGAGGAAGCUCUAUCUUCAUCAGAAAAAAAUCGGGAUCGCCGAUAUCGCAAAACCAGGCUUUCAUACCCGGUCGGCGAACACCGUUCGCUCUUUUUUUCACGUUGAGAGCGAAUUGGACGAAAAGUUUAAAUCACCGAAGAAUUUUCGUCUGUCAUUCGAUGUGAGCGGGAUGCCAUUGGACGAGAAGUUGCAAGCGGCGGAAUUGAGCCUGUCACGUGUCCUAUCAUCGUCAGGAUCGAAGCAGGAGGAAAGGAAGGUCCCGAGGGACGAAGAGGAGGAGGAGGAGGAGGAGGAGGAGGUUCAGAGGAAGGACGGUGUGCUGCGAAUUUUGGUGCACGACAUAGUGAGGCCUGGAAUACGUGGCAAGAGAAAACCUCUGUUACGAUUAAUAGACAGUAAAACGGUGAAGGAGCGAAGCAACGCGACGAUAAGUUUGGACGUGCAUCCCGCUGUAGUGAGAUGGUUGGAGGAGCGUGAUCACAAUCACGGUCUUUUAAUAGAAAUAAGGGAGAGCGAUAAGAGGAACGGAACGAGGAGCAGUCGUCAGGGAGAGAAGCACGUGAGACUUCGGCGAAGUUUGGAGGAGAGUAACGAAGCUUGGUCGUCAAGGAGACCGACGUUGUUCACGUAUACGGACGACGGGAGAAGAAAAAUGGCGACGGCCAAUGAAAUAAUAGAGAGAAGAGCGAGACGGGCGACCCUGAGGAAGAACCGUCGUAAGGACGGUCGCGAGAUAUGCAGAAGGCAUCCUCUGUACGUGGAUUUCGCGGAUGUCGGUUGGAACGAUUGGAUCGUCGCGCCACCGGGCUACGACGCUUUCUAUUGUCACGGCGACUGUCCGUUCCCCUUGUCCGAUCACUUGAACUCGACGAAUCACGCGAUUGUACAGAACCUCGUGUACUCGACGAAUCCGAGUAUGGUGCCAAAGGCGUGCUGCGUCCCGACGGCUCUCAGUUCAAUAUCGAUGCUUUACCUCGACGAGGAGAACAAGGUUGUCCUCAAGAAUUAUCAAGACAUGGCGGUACUGGGAUGCGGAUGUCGUUGAGCCCGAGAAAAAAAAUUUCUUCCUCAAGAAUCUCACGCUCUCUAUCUCUCGAUCCUUCGCUCGCUUUCUCUCUCUCUCUCUCUCUCUCUCUCUCUCUCUCUCUGUCUCUCACUCUUCCCUCGUGACUAAAAUCGCCAUGAAUAAUGAGCAUGGAAAAUCAAACAUUUCCGAGGCGGAGCAAUCUCGUCGCGUUGGCUUUCGAGCUGAGAGAGUUCGUGCCUGGUUUCCACCGCUGAAUCUCUGUAAACGAGGAAAUCGGUGUGUCAGUGGAUUUAAUAGAACAACACGAAAAUGAUAUAACAAAUUUAGAAAAUUCCACCUGGACUUGGCAAUAGGCAGGAACCUGCGAUCGUUCAGAACGUUUCGCGCGCAUCAAGCAUCGAUCGCGACGAAUUCGGCUCGAUUUAAAAUUCAUUCGCGAUAUUAUUACGCACAGCCGAAUUCGUUGGGCAAGCGCGGCUGCUUUUUCAAUCACGCGUUAAUCAUGCUCACGUAUCUUCCGCUUCGAAACCGCAAUCCUGUAUAUAUUCAGUGUGUACGCUCGAGGAGUCGUAUUCUCAGUAGUUUCAUUGAGUAAUCAACUAAGCUUGAUGGCCUAUGAACAAAAGAGCGGUUAAUUCAACGCCGAUAUUACGCCGUGGCUAUCCUCGCCCGAGAGAACCUAAACCUCCUUGGGACAGAGGGUAUAAUUUAUUAAUAAGCUUUUAUAUAUACAUAUAUACACAUAUUAAUAUGUGUAUAUGUAUAAACGUGUGACUGUCUCGUUGUGCGAGUGUCUCCGCGCCUGUGUGCGUGUGUAGCGAGGAAAAACCGGUAUAGAUAUUAAUAUAGAAGCAUCCGCAGGUGCUACGAACCUGUAUAUACGCGUAGCCGCGUCAGCGAGCUCUUUUGCUAUUCUGCAAAAAGAAAAAAAUCGAAGAUGAAAUAAAAUGGAGGGAAAAAGGCAUAAUAAUAAAAAUCAACAUUUGAGUCGAGGCUCGUAGGACCGCGCGCGCGCGAAUCGUACGACGUUUUCAUUUGCAUAGCCUUUGCUUUCGAUGUCUUCAAUCAAUCGUACGGCCCGUACUAUUCACACUUCCGGUAUAAACGCUCGAAACGUUUUUUUUGUUGUUACGGCGAACGAAUCGUUUCAUUUGUUGUUGUUUUUUUUUUUAUUUUUUUUUCCCCAUCGAGAUGAACUUGUCAGGAUGAGAAUGAACUAAAAACACGAGAAAAUAUUUUGCGAAAGAAAUAUUUAUGGACUCGUAAACGACACUUUUUGCCAUUUUGACAAUGUUUUUUUUUUUUUUUUUUUUCAUCUUUCGCAUAGUUGGAAAAAAGGAGAAUAACGCGGGAAUAAUAUUUCUGCUGGAAUCGCUUUUUAUUGAGGCUCUUCGAUCGAGCACCGAGAAUGAUAAAUACCGCGAUUAUCGAGAUGAAACAAUGUCGAUGAAUCAACUCGCCUCGGGCUUGCCAUUUAUCCCGGUUCAAAACGCACUAUUUCUUUCUUCUCGCGUUUAUAAUGUUUUUUUUUCUUCUGGUUUCACUGUCGAGUCGAACAAACGGGCAGCUCUCUUCGCUAUGCCCGUCUCUUUAAUCGUCCAAUUUUUCACAUUUUAACGACUAACGUCCGCAAAUGAAUUUAUUAAAAAAAUAUAUAUAUUUUUUAGAUAUUUUUAGGACUAUUGAUGUGCAACAGACAUGCACAGAUUUUAUAAAUAUAUUUUGAUAUAAUGUGAUGUAAAUAUGUCAGUGUAAAACCGUACCUGCUUAAGGAAUACUAUUUAUUAUUGUUUGCUGAAAAAGAAAGUCGAAUGAUAAAAGAAAUAUUGUGAGGAGACCGGAAUCGAGUUAUUACGAAAAACAAACGUCCCACGUGUAAAUUUUUGUACAAAUACAUUUUUUUUUCCUUGUUAAUAAAUGUAGCGUGUUACGUGUUUGUAUCAACGAUGUAAAAUGUGUGAAUAUAAGUGAAUCGUGUAAACAUUGUAAAUAAUUAAUAAGUGUUUCUGUAAAGUAUAUAUUGAGUAUGUAUAUUUUAAAAAUAUAGAUAUUUACCCGUUGCAAA